ACGGAGUGGGACGGGAAGUGCGCAAAUUAGCCCGAAAGCAAUUGGACGGGAGCAGGAGUGUGCGGGAUAAGUCGGAAGCUAGUGCGUAGGGACCAGAAAUCGGUGGGGCCGCAGCGCCGGAUUUGCUGCGCUCUCUCGGGCCAUGCCGCUGCGCGCUGUGUACCUCCUUAGCGCCCCCGGUCCCCGCGGCCGUCCCCGCAUCUACGUGGGCUUCACGCACGACCCGUGGCGGCGGCUGCGGCAGCACAACGCGGGGCGGCAGCGGGGCGGGGCGCGGCGCACGAGCGGACGCGGGCCGUGGCGGAUGGAGCUCUACGUGCACGGCUUUCCGUCAGACGUGGCGGCGCUCCGGUUCGAGUGGGCGUGGCAGCACCCCGCUGCCUCCCGCCGCCUCCAGGAUGCCAAGCCACGCCCCCUGCCCGGCGAGCAGUCAAUCGCCUUCGCGCUCCGCAUGCUGCCCCGCCUCCUCUGGGCCCCGCCCUGGCACCGCCUCCCGCUGCGCCUGCGUUGGCUCCGCCCACCUCCGUGCCCCGCCCUCUGCCCGGCCCCACCCCCUCACAUCGUUAUGGAAACGGACCCGGGAGGGCCGAGGCCACGCCCCCGGAAGCGGCCCACGCCCACUUUGGCCACACCCCCUGUGUGCACACUGUGUUUGGAGCCCUGUGAGGGCCCCACCCUGCGCUGUCCCCACCCCACCUGCCCUGCCCGCUGCCAUGCCCUCUGCCUUGCCCCACGCUUCCUGGGGGCAGAGCCAAAGGAACUGCUUCCGCUGGGUGGGACCUGCCCCAGCUGCCGGCAGGAGGUGCUGUGGGGAGAGCUCAUUGGCUGUGAGGACGGUGAUGAUGAGUGGGUGGAGCUUGGAGACCCCACCCUGGGCCAUUGGACAGAUGAGCUGCUGCAGAGCUGAGGGAUGGAGCCUGAGUGAAGCUACACCCCUUCAUCUGCUUUUUAACAUAAUUUAUUCCCAAUAAAGCAAUGGGCGGAGCCUC